AUUAUAUUAUGGUUUAGGAAUGUUAUCUACAACACUAGCUGUACAUCUUAUACAAAAUAAAGUCUGGAAAUCUUGCAACAUGCAGUGGCUAGAUCUAUUGCACUGAUUGUUGCUCUCAGCUCAGCUUAAAAGCUUUUUGUUUGCAAAUAAUAGAGGACCAUGGAAUGGAAAAUAAAAUAGCCAAGAUCAAAUUCAUUUUUAACUCUUUCCAGACUGUAUUAUUUUCUGAUACUAAUGGACAGACUAAUCAAGCUAUACCCUCUCUCAAACUACACCUUUGGUACCAAAGAGCCUUUGUAUGAGAAGGACAGGACAGUGGAGUCCCGUUUCCUCCGCCUCAAGGAAGACUAUGAGAAGACAGGAAUGAGAAGAAGUGUUGAUGGAGUUGUAUUAGUUCAUGAACACAAUCUACCUCAUGUACUGCUUCUACAGUUAGGUAGUACUUUUUUUAAACUUCCAUCAGGAGAAGUUGGUCCGGGAGAAAGCGAAGCAGAGGGUGUCCAGAGGAUUGUUAACGAUACCCUGGGAAAAGAAGACACUCCUCUUUCAACCUGGAUCGUUGAAGACGUAGUCGCCAACUGGUGGAGACCAAACUUUGAAUCUCCGCAAUAUCCAUACAUACCAGCACACUGCACUCACCCUAAGGAGCACAAGAAAUUAUUUCUUGUUCAGUUACCAGAAAGGACAAUGUUCCAUGUUCCACGUAACUAUAAACUUGUUGCUGCUCCUUUGUUUGAAUUGUAUGACAAUUCUGCUGGUUAUGGACCAGUCAUAGCUGGCCUCCCACAAAACUUGUCUCGAUUUAAUUUCAUUUAUAUUUAAAAUAAAAAAAGGAAUUAAAACAAUAA